AUGACAAGGGGACCUGCUGAAUCCUUUGGAAACCUGUCCACUGGCCUUCUUCAGACCCAGGGACCAGUGUCCGAGGAUCCCAGGCUGAUGGGGGCUCAGAUCUGCUCCCAGGCUGACGCCGAGAUGCCCCGAGAGGCGCUCCGUUUCCACGCCGAGGCCGUGGGCGCGCAGGUGCGUCUGGACGCGCAGCGGAGCACCGCGCGCAGGCGCGCCACUUUCCGUGACGGCAUCGUGUUCAGCCAUCGGCCGGUGAGGCCCGGAGAGCGCGUGGAGCUGCGCGUGCUGUGUCACGAGCGCGGCUGGGUUGGCGGCCUCCGCGUGGGCUUCACGCGCCUGAACCCCGAGCGGGUGACCGCGCCCGGCCUGCCGCCCUUCGUGUGCCCGGACCUGGAGCAGCAGGGCCCGACGUGGGCGGCCAUGCUGCCCGACGGCUGCGGGCUCACCGGGGACGUGGUGCGCUUCUGGGUGAACCGCCUGGGCCGGCUCUUCGCCCAGGUAAACGCGGGCCCCCGGCUUCUGCUGCGCAAGGGCGUGCUCAUGGGCGCCCCGCUCUGGGCCGUGAUGGACGUGUACGGGACCACCAAGGCCAUCGAGCUGCUGGAUCCUACAGUCAGCGCCCCCACCCGAACCAUGCCCUGGGUCCUCAGUGAUGAGGCUCUGCCUGAGCCCAAAGCCACAGCAGGAGAGGAGUGUGCCAUCUGCUUCCACCAGGCUGCCAACACCUGCCUUGUCCCCUGUGGCCACACACACUUCUGCAGCUGCUGUGCCUGGCGGGUCUUCAGGGACACAGCCAAAUGCCCUGUGUGUCGCUGGGAGAUUGAGGCGGUGACCUCGGCUUGGGACCCUCCUGCUCUGGGCCCUGGUGUAGGUGCACAGCUCUGA